CUAUUUUGUGUUUGUAUGUGAAUCUUUUUCUGUAAAGAUUUAAGAUUUGAUGUUCCCUUGUAGCAAUAUGUUGGGUCCUGGAUUGAUUAGCAUAGCGGGUCAUGCUACCCCCAUUAAAGAAUUACUGUGGCUGCUUUCUCUCUUUGCUGGUAUCAUCAUCUGUAAAAUUGUUUAUCAAUUAACAGGUGCUAUAAGCCCUUUCUUCUUCACGGGAUAUGUUAAACUUGAUUGGCAGAAGAAACUUGAAUGGAACAACAGAGGAUUUUCCACUUUUCAUGCGCUCCUUGUAGCAGCUGCUUCUUUAUAUCUCUUGCUUGAAUCAGACCUUUUCCGUGAUGGUGCUCAGGAUGAGUUAAUGAUAAAUAGAACAUCAGCCUUUUCAGACAGCAUACUCGGGAUCUCCGCUGGCUACUUUCUGGCAGACUUCGCAAUGAUUUUCUAUUACUUCCCAGCCUUGGGCGGAACGGAGUAUGUCUUACAUCACGGACUUUCAAUGUUUGCAAUUGUUCAAUCUCUUUUAAGUGGUCAAGCACAGAUGUAUAUAUUUAUGGUACUUUUUACUGAGAGUACUACUCCCUUUGUUAAUUUAAGAUGGUACCUAGAUGUUGCUGGUCAAAAGAACUCUCAGCUUUAUGUCUGUAAUGGAGUAGCUUUAUUUCUUGGGUGGCUGGUUGCAAGGAUUCUUUUGUUUCUCUUCUUUUUCUAUCACAUGUUUAGCCAUUUUGAUCUGAUCAAGAAAGUUUAUCCGCUGGGAUUCUAUAGCUUGUUAACUGUACCUCCUGGUUUGGCACUGCUAAAUAUCGUCUGGUUUUGGAAAAUCGCCAAGGGUUUGAUUAAGACUUUGAGAAAGGUUAGACACAGCCUGUAGCACACAACAACUACUACUCUUUUGAAGCUUGUGCAGGUACUUAUGUGUUUUGCCAGGGUUAUGAUCAAUGAAAUCAACCUCUAUGUACAUCAAGUAAAGCUGCUUUCCAAUCCCUACUUCUUCAUUGAAUUACUGAGCCAACAAAACAAGUGAAAGAAGUGAUUGUAAACUAACAUUUUACAGCAUCUUUAUCGGAAAUUACUAAUCAUAAACGUGACAUCUCUUUCAAGAAUUGUAGUGUGAUGUAAUGCCCAAGUGUAGGACUUGUUAUUGACUGUGCUGUUGUUUUUGCAAGGCGACAAAGAGCCUAUUGGCUUAGCAGUUUUUCUCAUAA